AUGUCCUUCAAACUCAUCAAUCCUCUCACUAUCCAUAAGGCCUCACCAACAUACUCUCAUGUCCAAGCUACGGCUAUCUCGUCCACUUGCACUCUCGUAACCAUCGCUGGGCAAGUUGGAGUGGACGCUAAAACGGGCAAAAUUCCACCUUCCCAUGCACAACAAGUUCAGAUCGCCUUGAAAAACCUGGGAGAAUGUCUCGAGUCUGUAGGCGCGACCCCCGCAAAUAUUAUCAACCUCACGCAUUACGUGGUUAAUCUCGACGUUAAUGACUCUGCAAGAUCGGAACUCGUCGUCAAGUUUCUGGACGGCCAUCGCCCACCAGGUACGCUGGUAGGGGUUGCGGCUCUAGCUCACCCAGAGCUAUCCUACGAGGUGCAGGCUAUGGCCAUCGUGCUGGAGAAAUGA